AUGUGUCUUUUUUUCAGCAAUACUCAAGUGCUAUGCCAUCAAAUAACUAAUAAAAACAGAAAGUGCUGGAGCAACUCAAUGGCGGCGAACGGAACAGGCACCAAGCCUUGCUCUGGUGUGGCCAAAACAUCGGUGGAACUGGACUUCAGGUCUGGAGCUAGAAUCGAGGACUUGAACAGGCUGAUCCGGGAGUUCAGUAAGCAGGAUCAGCGGGAGUAUGACGACCACCGAGCCCUCGAAAUCCACACCGCCAAGGAUUUUAUCUUCUCCAUGCUGGGCAUGGUGCAGAAGUUGGACCAGAAGCUUCCAGUUGCCAAUGAGUACCUACUGCUCUCUGGUGGAGUCCGUGAGGGUGUGGUGGACAUGGACCUUGAGGAGCUCAGCGUCUACAUCCGGGGGACAGAUUACGACAUGGACUUCACCCUUCUGGUCCCUGCCCUCAAACUGCAUGACCGUAACCAGCCGGUCACUCUGGACAUGCGCCACUCUGCACUCUGCCACUCUUGGCUGAGCCUCAGGCUCUUCGACGAAGGGACCAUCAACAAGUGGAAAGACUGCUGCACCAUUGUGGACCACAUCAAUGGGGGCGCCAACUACUUCUUCUCCCCCACCCGCGUGGCCGACUGGUUUCAUGAUGCCAUCGCCGUGGUGCUCGCCGAGAUUCAGAAGAAGCCUCAACGCGGGAUGCCAAAGGUCGAGAAAGUGGAGAGGAAUGGCACAGUGAUCUCCAUUGUCCUGGCCGUGGGCUCGAGCCGCAUGCUGUACGACAUUAUCCCCGUGGUCUCGUUCAAGGGCUGGCCCGCUGUGGCACAGAGCUGGCUGAUGGAGAACCACUUCUGGGAUGGCAAGAUCACCGAGGAGGAGGUGAUCAGCGGUUUCUACCUGGUGCCAGCCUCCUCUCUCAACGGGAAAAGGGAAAAUGAGUGGCGCUUGUCCUUUGCAAGAAGUGAGGUGCAACUGAAGAAGUGCAUCUCCAGCAGCCUCAUGCAGGCCUACCAAGCGUGCAAGGCCAUCAUCAUGAAGCUCUUGUCCAGGCCCAAAGCCAUCAGCCCAUACCACUUGCGGAGUAUGAUGCUCUGGGCUUGCGAUCGAUUGCCCGCCACCUUUUUGGCCCAGGAGGAGUACGCGGCGGACUUUCUUCUCGGUCUGAUUGAUGACCUCCAACACUGCCUGGUCAACAGGUCGUGCCCCAACUACUUCAUCCCGCAGUGUAACAUGUUUGAGCACCUCUCGGACGAGGCUGCUGUGCUGCAUGCCCGCAAGCUGUCCUCGGUGCGCUCCGAUCCCGCCGAGCACCUGCGCACCGCCAUUGAGCACGCCAAGGCCGCCAACCGGCUGACCCAGGACGUCCACCGGAGGGGAAGCAGCUCCGGCACGCCGUCACCAUCCUCGGACGCCGGGUCCGGGGACAACCGGCAGCCAGACGACCGAUUGGCCAAGAAGCUGCAGCAGCUGGUGACGGAGAAUCCAGGCAAGUCCAUUUCGGUCUUCAUCAACCCAGACGAUGUCACCAGGCCCCACUUCAGAAUAGAUGACAAGUUCUUCUGA